GUUACGGUGGAAGGAGGGGGAGAUUCGGGUCAUCGCUCAUAGCAACGGGAACCGGGCAAGAAAAGAAAUAAAAUAUCCCCCUUCCCUUCCAACUCCAGAUUACCCCCCGUGCUUGCAACCUAAUUAUAUUUUUUUAAUCGACUCCCAUAAAUAGAGAGGAAAAAAAAACUUAUUUUUAAAAGAAAAACAAUUACAAUGGCGGUUAUGAAGCCUGAGGCCUAACUUCACUCCUGAAGCCUCGGGGUCGAGUAGAUGGUCUGGCCGUACCGGCGAGCUUUGAUCCCGGGGUCCAUGAGACGCUGAAGCUGAAGGGAUUUUUCUUUUGAGGAAAAGAAGAAAAUAAAGGAAACAAAACAAAAAAAAGACACAGAUAUCGCCCGGAGCUCCCUCCAAUCUUCCCCCCUGCAACAACCACCCUCCCAGCCCCCCUCAAAUAAUCACUGGAGGGAGGUAAUCAGCCAAGUAACAGACGAAAGGAAAGAUCAGAACUUAGACAAUCUAAGCGUAAAGAUACUAUGUCGACAUGGAAGCCAUCUUCCCAUCACGAAAUGAGGCUUGCAAUCCUUUUGUGAUUAACCGGGGGGCAAAUUGCUACGCUGGAAACCAAGGUUGUUCACAUGUGGAAAUGGCUCUACAAGAUUUGCCAGAUAUUUCUGCUAUGACAGAUGAAGUAUACCGAACGCGAAGCCAAAAGAGAGCAUUGGAGCGCGAAGGCCUGCAUAACGAUGUGGAUAUGAAGAAACCAAAAAUGGAAUGCUCCAGAGGGAAUGAUAGGGACAGUGAACUAGAUGAAGUGAAAGGGGGAAUGAGAAUUAAAGCAGAACCCAUCGAUCGGGGUGGUGGUCGGACUCCUGGGUUUCUAAAGGGGCCGGGUGAAGUGAAAGCAACAAUUAAAGUAGAAGUACAGGCCGGUGAUGAACCUGUCGACAUGAGCACAUCAAAGAUAGAAAUGAAGAAGGGAAAGCGUGCUCCAUCACCAGAUAUCAUCAUCCUCUCUGACAAUGAAGCUUCAAGUCCCAGGAUGAACGGGCUUUCAAAAGAGCCAGGAAGAAACGCAAAUCGAGAUGAUAUUAUGAAGAGCACACCAGAGGAGCGAGAGAGAAUGAUUAAGCAGUUAAAGGAGGAGCUGCGGCUGGAGGAAGCCAAACUUGUCCUACUCAAGAAACUUCGACAGAGCCAGAUCCAAAAAGAAGCUACGAUCCCGAAGCCUGCUGUCUCGACAGGCACUGCCAUGGCCACCCCACCCCCGCUGGUCCGGGGAACGCUGCAUGUUCCCACUGGCAAGCCCAACUUCCAGGUAACCACUGCCCGCACAAUGGGUACAGUAAUUCCACCACCAUUGAUUCGUGGUGGUCAACAGGGAACCUCAAAACCUGGAUCCCAGCAGAACUCUCAAAUGGCAAUGCCACCGUUAGUAAGAGGAGCACAGCCAAUGUCUGUUUCUCCCCAGCAAAUCCACGCCAUCAGGCCACAUGCCAGCACCGCUCCACCACCCCUGCUCCUGGCCCCACGGGCUUCGGUGCCCAGCUCAGUGCAGAUGCAGGGCCAGAGGAUUCUUCAGCAGGGACUGAUCCGUGUGGCCAAUGUCCCCAACACCAGCCUGCUUGUCAACAUUCCACAGGCAUCGAGUACGAUGAAAGCCUCAGCGUUGAAUUCGGCUCAGUCAAAUGCCAGCACCAAUACAGUGUCAUCAGUCAUGAAUUCCAAUGACUCACCAGCCAGUCGGCAGGCAGCCGCCAAGCUUGCUCUCCGGAAGCAGCUGGAAAAGACAUUGCUGGAAAUCCCACCACCCAAACCGCCAGCCCCUGAGCUGAACUUCCUACCCAGUGCUGCAAAUAAUGAGUUCAUCUACUUAGUGGGCCUGGAGGAGGUGGUGCAUAAUCUUCUAGAAACCCAAGGUAAAAGUUCAGUACCGGGAUUGACCCAAGAGCCAUACGCCUGUUCUCAAUGUAAAACUGAUUUCACCUGUCGCUGGAGGCAAGGGAAAUCUGGCACUAUCAUGUGUGAGCAAUGCGUGACGUCGAACCAAAAGAAGGCAUUGAAAGCUGAGCAUACCAAUCGUCUGAAAGCAGCAUUUGUGAAGGCCCUUCAGCAAGAACAGGAGAUUGAACAACGGAUACUGCAACAGACAUCAUCGACUGUACAGAGCAAGCAGGACUCUGCAGUACAGCACCAUACGUUGAAACAGAGCUCUGGCCAGCUGUCUCGAGGGCCACAGUCAAUUACAACCAACCCCCGAGGAGUGCUGCACACGUUUAGCCAAUCGUCUCAACUGCAGAACGCUGCUCUUGUCAGCAGGCAAAAUAAGCACACCGAGCGAGCUGGGAGCAAGGGUAACACCGCCACCUGGAGGAAGCAGAUCAGCAACACAGGAGUUACAAUGGCAUACGCUAGCCCGAAUCUAUCGAUGCACAAGACAACUUCAGCUGUGGAACGUCAGCGCGAGUACCUGCUGGACAUGAUCCCUUCACGAUCUAUCAGCCAGUCAGCCACCACAUGGAAAUAA